AUGUACAUCGACGCUCCUGGUGAACUUUCUGGCUUUUUAAUGGAGCAUACUGCUACUCAUGUCGUGGUAUUCGAUACAAGAGACCGACUUUUAAAACGUGGUCUUAUAACUCAUGACGAAAGGAUUCGUUUGGAACUUGCAACUUGGUAUCAGUUCAUGCAUGUGCAGCCACCCAAGCAGAGAAGAGAACAAGGACAGAAUAGAAAUUUCGAGUUUUUCACAGCAGGGCGCCGGAACCCACAAGUGUUCGCCCGCACAUGGGCGGUUAGUCCGGGGGAGGAUCUUCCAGUGGAGAUGCGGGAGAAAUACAAGGGCAAAGUGUGGGCUCCUUACCUAGGACUGCUCAACGACACAGAUGGAAUGUUCGAAAGGACAUUCGCAAAAGAAGUUUUUGAGCUCGAACAAGUCGCCGAACGUGGAAACGAUUUCCUGUUGCCUGACAGACCAGCGCCAUGGAACCAACCCACCUUUUCAAUUUACUAUGACGCGUUUCCAAGUAGAAAGAUUACAGUCAACGGACAAGCAUGUGCCCGAUUUUCCCUAUGCGUCCGUGACGUGGCAGACAACUUGGCUUACAAUGAAAAGCAUCACGGCUCCACAGCGACAUGCUCCCAACUGGUUAGCUCAAUAUAUGGUGUGGUUCGGAGUUUGUAUCUUGCAGAGAUGGGAUGUUGGUACCAGCACUCGAUAAAAAUCAACAACAUGCCUAGCAGUGAAGACACAAAGCAAGAGGAUUCUAGCACUAAGCAUCUGGAUUUUAUUCAUGCGUACUGCACUGCCUCCAAAAUAAUGAAAAUCCCACCUCCGCUACCCACUGAAGUCGUGGAUGAUGGACAUGAUGUGGAGGUCACUACGAAGUUUGUCUUUGAACAUGAUCACUUCGAAAAAGAAUGGAGUCGUGGACUCAGUAAUUGGAAGGAAAGGAAAGAAGGUGUUCAAACAAAUAUCUUCUUUUAUGAUGUUUAUUUGGGAAAGGUCAGAAUUCCAAUAGACUCGGCUAUUGAUAUCAUAAAGCUGGCCGAGAACCUUCAAAAAGAUUGCUAUGAAAGGAUGAUGACAGACAAAAUCUCUGUAACUGUGAAAGUUCAACUACUCAAAGACUUCUUGAGGAGAAACAACCGCCACCCUGAUAAUCAGCUAUAUGUUGUUAAAUCUGUCGUCGACGUAGAACAUUCAGAAUGA